AUGACGCGCCGCAUAGUGCGCACGAUAGUCCAGCUCACCGCGGUGACGCUGGUCACCCUCAUCGUCGUCGUCUUCCUCGACCGCAACUUCCGAGUCCUCCCCAAGUCGAUGCACCACUACAUGCCCCAGCACCACCAUGGGCUGAUCGUCACCGACAUCACAAUAACAAAGUGUUCCUCUCUCAACGUCUUUUCCUCCUGCAAGCUCGACAUCAACAAGUGGCACCGUAUCGAGAAGGAUCUGUAUCUCGGCAAGUCAUGGACGACGAGCGCGUACGUCCACGUUGCGCGCAAAAAGGAGGAGGAGCUCGUCGCCGAAGACAAGGUCGUUAUGGACGUUUCCGUCGGCAGACUCGACCCCACAACUGCCAAGAAGGGAGAGGAGGACGAGCGGUGGGAGAGCCGUCCCUACGGCUUGUGGGUGAAGCGCUCCUCGAACCAGAAGGACAGCGACUCUAAGAAGGCCGUCACGGGCGUCGACGUCCUCUUCGGCGACGAUGCCGUCGAGGCGCGCAACGGGUGGGAGAUUACCGGGGGUACACCCCUGCUCCUGCCCCUCAACGAGGACGUUCCCGUCUCCCACCUCACCGUUCGACGAGGAAGCCAAAAGGAGCCGACGAAGCCGCACCCACGGAUCGCCGACAAUGGCAAGUUCAAGAUUGUCCAGCUCGCCGACCUCCAUCUCAGCACUGGCGUUGGAAAGUGCCGCGACGCCCAGCCCGAGGGCUACAACGGUGAUGUGUGCGAAGCUGACCCCCGGACGCUGGAUUUUGUGCAAAAGAUCCUUACCGAGGAGAAGCCACACUUGGUUGUGCUGAGCGGAGAUCAAGUGAAUGGUGAAUCGGCGCCGGAUGCGCAAUCGGCCAUCUUCAAAAUCGCUUCGAUUCUCAUCAAGAUGAAGAUUCCUUACGUCUCCAUCUUUGGCAACCAUGACGAUCUCACACUACCUCGCUCCGCGCAAAUGUCCAUUCUCGAAUCCCUGCCAUACUCACUUGCGCAGGCUGGCCCGGAGGACAUUGAGGGUGUCGGCAACUACUACGUUGAGGUUCUUGCUAGGGGCAAGUCUGACCACUCGGCGCUGACCCUGUACAUGCUCGACUCCCACGCCUACUCGCCUGACGAAAAGAAGUGGCAUGGGUACGACUGGAUCAAGCAGAACCAGAUUGACUGGUUCAAGAAGACGGCUCAGAGCCUUAAGCAGGCGCAUAAGCAGUACACCCAUGUCCACAUGGAUCUGGCAUUCAUCCACAUCCCUCUUCCCGAGUACAGAGAUCAAGAGCUCGCCAUCAAGGGCGAAUGGAGGGAGGGUGUGACAGCACCAAACUUUAACUCUGGUUUCCGCGACGCCCUCGUCGACCAGGGCGUCGUCAUGGUCAGCUGCGGACAUGACCACGCGAACGACUACUGCUCUCUCUCAACUGACAAGGAAAACAAACCUGCCCUGUGGAUGUGCUACGCCGGCGGCGUCGGCUUUGGUGGCUAUGGCGGCUACGGCGGUUACCAUCGCCGAAUACGCGUCUUCGAAGUCGACACCAACCAGGCCCGCAUAUUGACGUGGAAGCGUGUGGAAUGGGGCGAUACCGGCAAGAGGAUUGACGAGCAGAUGAUUGUCGACGAGGGAAGGCCAGUGGGCUUGCGGGUGCAGCCUUGA